AUGGGAACAGAGGGUUGCGAAGGUGGUGCAUUAAAUGGUUUCCCAUCGAAUAGUGAAUGUGAACAUGAUAUUUGUAUCGAUUGCUUGGAUAAAAUGCUUGCUGAAUGUGAAAUUACCUGUUCACAACCAAUGUGCCCAAAUAUUUUAUGUCAUCAACCAUAUUCCAUUGAUUCAGUAAUUGCAUUAAAAGCAUUUUUCCCACAACGUGCUAAUUAUUUCAAACGUUUUGCGCUUGAAAAUCAAGGCUAUUUUCUUAUCAAAGAUGAUUCAAUUUCG